AUCAACACCGUGAACAACAUUGAUUUGCCAAAACGCGGAUCAAAACGCGCGUUGAUAAAAACACCUCGCAAUUUCCUUCGAGCAGCUUCCGUCGAACUUUCAGAAAAGCAGAAGAGAAGACCCGCGACGACCCACAGACCCCAUUAAAAUCAAAAGGUAAAUAAAAGCAUAGUACUACUCUUCUUCACAGUUCAUAUUCUUCACCCUUUCCAUCACUCCUCUUCCUCAAUCUCCCUCUCUCUCAUCACUCAAUAAUUCCCCUGAUCUCAACCCAGUUUUCUCUCUCAUCAUGGCGGAUUCCGGCGAGGGCGGAGGAGUGUGCUGCCGGUGCUGCUUCAGCUUCAUCCUCACCUCGGGCCUCACCGCCCUCUUCAUGUGGCUGAGCCUCCGCACCUCCAACCCGAUCUGCUCCAUCCAGGAUAUCUACGUCCCGCCCCUCAACAAAUCCGAGAACUCCACCUACUACAAGAUCUACUUCGACCUCAAGCUCGACAACGAGAACAAGGACAAGGGAGUCUACUACGACGCCCUCAACCUCACCUUCAACUACCCCCCGACGAACCGAACCUCCCCCAUCGGCUCCCUCUCCCUCCCGGCCUUCUACCAGGGGCACAAGAAGAACGCGCGCCGCAAGGAAUGGGUGGACGUAACCGGGGUGCCGUGGGCGGAGGCGCGCGCGGCGGCGGCGAACGGGUCGGCGGUUUUCCGGGUGGACUUGGCGACGGCGGUGAGGUUCAAGAUCAUGGCGUGGAAGACCAAGAAGCACAAGCUGCUCCUCGGCGCCGACGUGGAGGUCGAUGAGUUCGGCGGGAAGAAGCUCAAGAAGAAGGGGGUUAGGCUCAAGUCCGGGUGCUAUCGUGCGCGGCGGGGACCGUUGGUGGUUAUUUUUAGUGUCUUAGGCUUGCUGUUAAUUAUCUAAAAUUAGCAUUGCCACUAGUUUUUCCAAUAUUUUAUUUAAGUUUCAUAUUAUUGAUUGGGACCAUUGGCUUCCUUUUUUUGAUUUCUGAAUUGUUUGUAUUUUUUGAUUCCGAAAUGCAAAAAAAUUAUUUCCAAUGAA